AUGUCAUUCAAAUGGACUCUGGUUGAUAUCGGAGACGAAUCAGGAACAGGAUCAAGGAAGGUCAAUUUUGUGAAGUCGACGUAUCAGUUCCAAGAUACAAACUACCAGUACAUCGUUUGUGGCACUUGCUUAAUUGGUAAUACGUUGAAGGCGAAGCUUUGCAAUUCAUUAAACGCGGCUGCCGAUGAUCUACUCCGAGGAUCGUCCGGUCGCUUUUGGGCGAGCUCGGCACAUGUUUAUCGUUCAUUUGAUGGUUAUGAUCCAAGAUUGUCGAUACCGCUUCAUACAUUGCCGCUAUCAGCAUUCCCCCCAAAUUAUACCGAAGUGCAGGAAGAUUAUUAUAGGAGUUUUAAACCCACCAUCGGCCCGCAUGAUAUUACGGAAUUAGGGACGUGGCUUGGAGGAGUAAGAUUGAUACCAGCAUCUCAGCUGAGCGGAUAUGAUGUAGAGUUCCCUUGGCGGACACUGCCUCCACCUCAAGGAAAUAUCUUUGUUGACAAUUCGACGGAACCAAGUGAUUUCUUUAGUGCAUUCAAUACCACCUAUCAUGCCUUGUGUCAAGGUCAUGAAUGUAGUAAUUUCCGGAUUACAGUCAACGGUAUUGGGGCGCUGGGACCGUUUGGAUUCAAAGAUUCCAAGCAGUUCAAGAUUCCUGAAGUUUUAAUGGACAUGUUCAAUCGCUCACUUUCGUAUGACGUUCGAAUUAUGGAUUUAGCGGCUAAUGAUCUCCAUGGAAAAGAAAUCGGGGCAACUUACUUGUGCACUAAAACCACAAAGAAGUGGCUCCCCCUCCUUAAGGUCAUCUCUGUCACUCUGGGAAGCUCUUCUGGAUUAUUUUCGGGCAUUUUUUCGUAUGUCAUUGUCGCCCUUGCUCGUCGAUACGAUAAGCAUCAUGAAAAUCGCAGAAACAGCCAAGCAACGCAAACGAGGAUGGAUGAAUCAACUCUCAAUAGCGAAGACGACAAAGAUUCAUCUCUUGGGGCCAAAAAUUUACAGUAG